CCGGCGGAUGAUGUUUUGUGACGGACAACAACACAGGCAAACUAGCCAGCUGAUGACGGCGAAGUACCCGAGUUGAAACCUGUCACGUCGGCGUAAAAAACUGUUUCGGUGUUUACUACGAAUGCCAUUUAGAUCCUUAUCCUUGAAAGUGUUCCAUAAGCGAAUAAAUGUCUGAGACAUCAGAGCCUCCAAACAACAAAGAAGAGGAGGAAACUACAUCUGAACCAGAGGAGCAAUCUGAAGACACCAGUGAGGAGGAAGCGGCUGGAAACUCUGAGAUGGAUUUCUUGCGGAACUUGUUCUCCCGCACCCUGGGCAUCGGAUCCCCAGAAAAGGUUUUGGAUGACUUGACUUUGGAAGGAGUCGCCAAAUACAUUCUGAGUGGCAAAUGUAAAAACAUCAUCUGCAUGGCUGGAGCAGGUAUAUCCACCUCGGCUGGGAUUCCCGAUUUUCGCUCCCCUGAUACUGGGCUGUAUGCAAACCUGCAGAAAUAUAACCUGCCCUACCCAGAAGCCAUCUUCCAAAUAGAUUACUUCAAGAAACAUCCAGAACCUUUCUUUGCCUUGGCCAAGGAGCUUUAUCCAGGAGAGUUUAAGCCGACAGUGUGUCACUACUUCAUGAAGCUGCUGAAGGACAAAGGCCUCCUAAGGCGCUGCUACACGCAGAAUAUUGACACCCUGGAGCGAGUGGCCGGGCUUGAGAGUGGGGAUCUAAUUGAAGCCCAUGGAACCUUUUUCACAUCCCACUGUGUCAAAUUCACUUGCCGCAAAGAGUACAACUUGGACUGGAUGAAAGAAAGAAUCUUUUCUGAUGAUAUUCCCAAAUGUGAAAAAUGCAACAGUCUGGUCAAACCAGAUAUUGUCUUUUUUGGAGAGAGCCUUCCAGUCCGGUUCUUCACAUCAAUGAAGAUGGACUUCCCACGUUGUGAUCUUCUCAUCAUCAUGGGGACAUCUCUGCAGGUCCAACCUUUUGCAAGUCUGAUUAGCAGGGUUUCAAAAAGCUGCCCAAGGUUGCUCAUCAACAUGGAAAAAGCAGGCCAGGCUGAUCCUGUGUUAGGUCUGCUGGGUUUUGGUGGAGGAAUGGACUUUAACUCGGACAAAGCUUACAGAGAUGUUGCUCAUAUCACUACAUGUGAUGAUGGCUGUAUGGCACUAGCUGACCUGCUGGGAUGGAAGGCGGAGUUGGAAGAAUUAGUGAAGCGAGAGCACGCCAGGAUCGACAGUCAGGAGAAGGAGGAGAGCAAGUGAAGUGAGAGCAAAGGUGCAAGCUCUUCAUCAGUAAUCUGAAGUUUCCACUGCAGACCAACAUGCCAAAUUCCUCUCACAUCCCAUGCUUUUGUAAAUAUGUUUUUUGCACUUCAAUUAAGAUAACAUGCUUCUGAUUCUCUCUGAAUGCUAAUAUGGUCUAUCGCAUCACACAGCUCUAUCUGUCGUCUGUACGGGUUGUUUUGACUUCAAUAAACAGUGAGAUUUUU